CAUCGGUUGGAACUUGCACCUUGAGCUUGAGAGAUUUGACGCCCCCGGAGUUAGCCGUCACCCUGGAAAAUUACCUUACCGUUAUUCAGUGUUGAAAAGCGUCGCCGACAUGAGUAGCGUGGAGAUGAAGGACGUGGAGCUAAAUGACUUGGAGGAGAAGCAGCCGAUGACGGGGGACGCCAAGAACGGCACCGUCAAGGUGAAUGUAUCCGAAGACGAUGUGAAGUUCACGGGUCUCUCCAAAGAAGAGCUCAUGCGAGUUGCUGGAACCGCAGGGUGGGUCCGAACAAGGUGGUUCUUGCUCAUCCUCUUCUGGCUCGGCUGGCUGGGCAUGUUGGCAGGCGCCAUCGUGAUCAUUAUUCAGGCUCCCCGCUGUAAAGAGCUACCCGAGAUGAACUGGUGGAACGAGGGGCCUUUGUACCAAAUCAGGAACAUGGAAGCCUUCGCCGGGGCCAAGGGCUUGGCAGGAGUGGAGGAAAGGCUGGACAGCCUGGGUCAGCUGAAGUUGAAGGGCCUGAUCCUGGGGCCGCUCCACAACGUCCAGCGUGACCACCUGGCUACUCUGGACUGGAACACCAUCGACCCGGCCAUAGGCACCAUGGAGAAACUACAGAGCCUACUGGACAAGGCCCACAAGAAGGGUAUUUCCAUUGUGUUGGACCUGACUCCUAACUAUGACGAGUCGUCCAGCACAUGGUUCAGGGGAGGCCUGGGUGCCCUGGGACAGAAACUGAAGGAGGCCGUGGAGCACUGGACUAGCAAGGGUGUGGAUGGCCUCCUGUUCGACUCCAUGCAGGACCUCCUGCCCAUCGAGCCCGAGCACUGGGCACCCCUCCAGGAGGCCGUGGAGGUCAAGGAGCCGGUCGAGGGGAUCAGGAAGAAAGCUUUCAUGGGUGCGUCCGACGACGUCCAGAACGCCAACCUCCUCCUCAACACCACGGGCGUCAACAUGCUGAUGCCCCAGCUGGCGCCGGACAUGAGCGGGCAGCUGUGGGCCAGCACCAUCCAGGAGCUGUACUCCAGCAACCUGCAGACCCGGCUGGGAUGGAGCCUCAGCAGGCCCAGCCAGGGCCACCUGGCCACCGUGGUCACGCCCAGGUUUCUGAAGCUCUACGAGCUGAUGCUCUUCACGCUGCCCGGCACGCCGGUGUUCAACUACGGGGACGAGAUCGGCCUGGAGGAUAAGGACACUGUCAACCCUGAGAUGACAUGGGACUUUGACGAGGUUGUAGAGAACAACGCCGCAAUACAGGAACAGAGAGCCGAGCUCAAGGCCCGCCGCGACUGGUUCCGGGUGCUGAGCGACCUGCGCGGCAAGGAGCGCUCUCUGGCCCACGGCGACUACGCGGCCCUGCACAGCUCCGACAGCUCGCUGGCCUACGUGCGCCUCUGGGACCAGAGCCAGCGCUUCAUCACCGCCGUCAACUGGGGCAACUCCAGCGUCACGCUGAAGAUGCAGCACGAGGACCUGCCAGCAGAGGCCACCAUACUGCUGACCACGGAGGCCGACCGGGCCCAGGACUCAGUGGUGCAGCUGGAAGGGCUGGAGAUCGGGCCCGGCCAGGCCGUGCUGCUCUCCUACCCCUUCCAUGGAUAAAACAUCAAAACACAGAGGAGUUAGGCUGCCCUACAAAGGCAGAAGUGCAGUGUCUACACCAGCGUUGAGACUGAGAAAAAGACUUUCAAAGUACUGGUAUUAGGGUGGAUAUUGGAGCUACUGAAAUUUUGACAUAGCAAUAUCUCUAAAACGAGACACAUUUGGACCAUAAGGCUUUGUGAAAGAGAUAAAGGAGGUAUUAUGAAAAUAAUUUUCAGUCUAAACUCAAUUUUGACAAAAUAUGUAGUAACUGCACUUUGACUUUGUAGGGUAGAGGGGGUGCAGGAUGAAAAGUGUCAACAAAGAGGGGGCACAGACAGGGCAAACAAACACAAACACCACACCAUGCUGGAGUAGACAAAGGGCUUGGGAUUGAAGGCUAUGUAUAAAAUAAAACAAGGAGAAUGUGCAACUGGCAUAGGUGUCAAAAAACCCAGUUCAUAAGUACGUAAAAACCCUUCCACAGUUUCCUUCACUCAGUGUCUGGUCUACUUGUCUAGAGUACUCAUUACAAUCAACUGAUUCAAAGCUGGUUGGAUCAAAUUUGUGGCAAGGUUUUUACCUUUCUGAACCCGGGAUUGACACGUCUGGCCAGGCAGGGAAGGCACAAAUGGGCUGCAGAUGGAAUAAACCAAACAAUACACAAUACUUGGCGAUGGCUGCAGGGACUGGAGAUUGAAGACAUGACCAGUAGAUUUGGGGAGAAGUUUUAAAAGAGUUGAAUUUGAAAAGAGGCAAUGUUAUUUGUAAAAGUGAAGAAAGAUUCUGUCAGAACUUGAAAUUAAAAAGGGUUCAGUGAUCUGCAAACGUUAAAGAUUUGAAUGUUCCAAUUUAAUAUUUCAAGUGAACUACAGGGGGAAUCUUUUGACAAAUCAAAAGCGAGAUUACGCUUUGUUAGGCAUUUGAAAAAUGUGCCUUUGAAAAAAGUCUGAGAUGGUUUCUUCUUCUGAGCACUUACUGAAAUUUUGCUUCAAAGUCAAAAGGUCAUUUGAAAGAAAUUUAAAAACGUUUACUUUUAAAGCACGUUUAUGAAAAAAGGAAUAAGCGAUUGUGGUGGGAAAGACGAACAGUGUUAACUUACAAACUUGUUUUUAUUGCCCUUGUGCUUUCAACUUUGCCUCUGUACAAAGUUAGGGAGGGAGCGAGAGAGAGAGAGGCCUAUGUGUCAUCCAACUGUCGAGAGGAAAUAAAAAAAACAUUCUGGCACACAA